CUUGUAUGAGGAAGUGCCGGCGUUCAGUUGUGAGUUACAUGAUUGAGGCUAAUUGCUCUUGAGCAGAUAUUUUUGUUGUAAAAGAGUGAAAUAUGAGCAAAUCGGAGUUGCACCCAACAUUCCGGGAGAAAAAUGUGUACUUCCUCGACUGUAUGUUUUGUGGUACCAAUGUUUGUCGUCGGGGAAUGAAAGCUGUCCUACUUGCCGAUACUAAAACACAAAUGUACUCGACAGACAUUCCAGAAAAAGAUGCUGUGGAUCUUGUUGAAGGAGAAAUAUUAACCAAUCACUGUGCCUGUAAAAUCAACCACCUUGCAUGCAUUGCUUGUGGCAACGAGAUUGGCUACACAGUGUCACGCCCAUGCAGGAAGUGUUUGAUGUCCUGCAACAAUGGCCACUUUUGGAUGUACUUCAGCUCAUGCGUCCAUGCCUCACAAAGAGUAAACAAAGCAGGUGAAGAGUUACUUCUGUGGGGUGAUCUACCCUGUGUUGAAGAAGACUUGAGUGUUAUAUUUGAAACUGAAUGUUUUCGAUGAAUUCGAACUGACGGACAAACAACCAGCGAUGUGUUUUCAACUGCCAUGUCUCAAUGGGCUUUCAGUUCAUCUUCCAUCAACCCAGGAUUGUCAUACAGUGACUCAUCAAUAUGACAACACAAAUCCCAGAAUACAGUAUUAUACUACUGAUCCUGUUGGCUGUUAUCUGUGGAAAAGAGAUUCAGGUUUCAACAUGACGGCAAAAUUCAGCACCUAUUGCAUUGCAUGCAAAGAGAAAGUUUGGAUGCAGACUGUGUGUCCAAAUAGCAUGUGACAUAUGUUUUUAUGACUUAUUUUAUACAGUGGAGUUGGUUUUUGAAAUGGCACUUACCUCCAGUGACUGAUGUUGUUAUUAAUAUGGUCAUGAUGUUGAUAGUUGACAUUCAUACAACGUUGUUGAAGAUUUGUUUGGUAGAUACAGUAUAUACAUGGUCAUUGAUGUAUUGAGCUGACUCUUUACUACAGAGACUGUUAUAUCCUCCAGGUGAGGCCAAUGAAAAUGUAUUGGAGUCUGUUCAUCCUGUACAUGCUGUAUGUGUAUGUUGUGAGGAUUCCCUGUAUAUAUUACUGGCCACGUUUCAUCUGUUGCUUACCAACAACCAGUACACAAAACUGUGAUCAUAGUGUCAAACUUUAUUGCAAUUUAUUUAUUUUGUUAUUUACAUUGUUAUCACAACAUGGUAAACAAAAUAAAAUUGUUAACAAGCA